AUGAGGAGAAUAAAUAAGUUUACAACUUCUAUUAAAAUUAUUGCAUUCAAAGGCAUAUUUUCUAAAUAUUUUUUUAACGCAUUUAAUGCUGAUAAUACUUAUAUUACAAGAAAUGAUCGCAUACUGGCUAUAAAGAUAUUUCAAAGCAAAUAUAAACAAGAAGUUUUAAAAGUUAAUUUAAAACUUUUUAACCCAAAAUAUACUAUAAACAAUGGUUGCCAUAAAAUAUCCUCUAUAUACAAAGAUAUGAAAUUGCUUAAUGAAUGUGUUGAAGAAUUAUUAUUAGAUCUACCUGAAAAAUUAGAUAAACAUGUAGUAAAAGAUGAAAUAACGAAUAAAACAUUAGAAAGAGCCCUAUUUAAAGAUUAUCCUAUAAUCCAUGUUAUUCCAUUAAGCAGAAGAAUUGCUACUAUAUUGUAUGAUUUUACUGAGAAAAAAAUACAUGAGAUUGCUGUUCAUUCUACAUAUAAUUCUUUAGUUAUUAUUUUAACACAUAAAUGUAAUUCAAAUUUAUAUGGUAAAUAUACAGAGUUAAAUAAUGUAGCAUUUCUUACUAUAGUGGUUAUAUGUUUAUCACAAGUAUUAUAUAAUAUCGGAAAAUUUGAUUUUUUAAAAAAAUAUGAGACUCCUGAAAUGAGAGAAAAAGAAUUAGCCAAGGAAAAAAAAUGGGAAAUUAAAAAAAAGAGAGAACAGAAUGUGUUAAAAUAUAAAGAAAUAGAAAAACAUGGAAUAAACGAUUUGGACACUUACAUGAAGUACUAUAAGCAAAGAUAUUAUAGUAGGAAAGUAUUAGGAAAGUUUGACUGUUACUGUGAAAAAAAAAUAUUCGAUAAAAUCGAAAAGAUAUAUAAUAUUAAUAAUAAAAAUGUAAGAAAAAGAGUGUGUAAGAAAUAUAUACUUUUUGGUAUGUCAUACUUAUUAUUUCAAUUAUUUGGUAUCAUUAUUCCUGUGUUAGACUUGGUUAAAAGUAGUGUGAUUUAUGACGUUUAUGCAGAAGGUUAUAGUGUUAUUUGCAAGGGUGUUAAUAAAAAUCAUACUCAUAAUGUUAGUAAAGACGGAAUUCUUUAUUAUGGAUUUGGUAGUAUUUUGAAGACUUUAAAUAUAUCAAAGGAAUUUUUUUAUAUUUAUAUCACAUUUUUAUUAUCAUUUAUAUUUAUGGUGUCCAUUAUAUACGUAAUGAUAAAAAUUGUAAAAUAUGAACAUUUAAAACGAAGGAAAGUUAAAAUGAAUUUUAUUGAAUAUUUUUCCUUCUGCAAAGAAUAUUUAUUUUUUAUGGUAUGUCUCUAUAUAAAUGCUAUUUGUUUCUAUUUAUGCAUGAAAUAUUUAUAUUUUUAA